CGCCAAUUCUUGUUGAUGUUGAUAUCGUCACAUCAGCAUCACUCGCUUACGGAGCCUUUAUAUCUAAAUGAGAAGUGAGAAUAUGACAUUUGCAAAGCGCGACAUGACCUGUCAUUGCUUUCAAUGCCAUGCUAAAUUUGUUUCUGUUUGUUCACUCCUUUAAUGGCAACAGCUCUUGACAGUGCGGCAUAAGCUAACUGUUGAGAUUGAACUUUUUCAUAAUAGUAAACAAUUUCAUUGAAAGUUCCUCCUUGCGACUUGUGAAUUGCCAACCCACAAGACUGACUACAGAAAUGAUCCUGUGAAGUAUAGUCUUAACUUUUCAACGGCCAAAGCAGAGUAUUUAACCAAAAGUCACACAAAGGAAUUCGCAGAAAUGAAACAGAAACGAAAGAAAUAAAGUCACACAAAUUAGAUGAGAAUUCGCAGAAAUCAAAGCAAACGGAAGAAAAAUAAUGCGCAAGCAUACAAACAUACAUAAGCGCUCUUUACUUAUUGACUGCAUUAUUUUUGUGUAAAACCUUGGAUUUUAUUCAUUAAAAUCAACACUCAGAAGUCGUUUUAUCCGUUGUAAGCGAGCCAUUUUCGAAGAAACAUCAUUUCUAAUAUGCCACAAGACAAAAUUAGAAAUGAAGUUCAUAAACCUCACGAUGUCAUAUAAAACGAUAUACCUCGUAAUCGCGGGUCGAUUUCCAAAAAAUGUAAAUGAAGACUAACUACAGAAAUGAUCCUGUGAAGUAUAGCCUUAAUUUUUCAAUGGCCAACGCAGAGUAUUUCAACCAAAAGUCACACAAAAUAGUUAAGAAUUCGCAGAAAUUAAAGACAAACGAAAGAAAAAGAAGUAUAACUUCAGUAAUGCACAAGCAUACAAACAUACAUAUGCGCACACAUGUGAAUAUGUCAGCAACCAAAAAUUGAAACAUUGUUCUACAAAAACAACAAUAGCAUAAGCAUGGCAACAUUGUGUUGUUGGUAGAAAAUCCGAGCUGUGCCGAAAGAAACGAUCGUCGAUUGUCACCGCCUCCCUUGCUACUCGAACAUCUUCGCAGACAAGGUUGCGCAAUAUGAAUCUAUCGCAACCUUUUCCGAACUCGUAUAAGAAGAAUAACUUCAAAAAUAUCAAUUUUUCUGUGGUUGAUUGGGACCAAAGGUGCUAACAUCUACAACACUUUGUUUCCAAAUGAUGGGUCUCAAAAUGCAUUGUUGGGUACAAUCACGACAAAAAGACAUGUACCAGCAGCAGGCAAUGUAGCAGCGCAUGACGUGGAUGAAACAAAACAACGCACAUUGUGUGAAGUGAUGAAAGCAUUCGAUGAACAUUGUCUGCCGCAAAAGAAUUUGACAAUGGAAUCGUACAAAUUUAACAACAUGGUGCAAAAAGAAUAUCAACCGUUCAGUGAAUUCUUAACCAAACUGCGAACUCAAGUCAAUCGUUCUGAAUUCAAUUGCACUUGCAAAUUAUCGUACGAAAAUCGAAUGUUACGUGAUCGUAUCAUAACUGGGGUUUUUGACAAGAAACUUCAGCUAAAAUUGCUCAAUGGACGGGAUGAAAAAUUAGAGCGCGUAAUUGAUGUGUGCAAGACAUUUGAAGCAACGAAAGUGAACUAGGGUAUUUUAACGUCAAAGCAGUCGAUUUCAGUUGUGGUAGAUGGUGAGACUGACUCAGUCAACGCAGUCAAUUACAAUCGGCGAUUUUGUUUCAACUGUGGUGGUGAUUCGAAGCCAGAUCACAAAAGUAAAUAUCCAGCCAAGGAUUUCACAUUCCAAUGCGGUAAAAAGGGUAAUUUUCGCAAGAUGUGUCGUAAAAAGGGAGCCAGAUCGGAGGCAAGUAUAUCAGAAUCCAAAUCAAAGGAAAAACAACGGGUUGACAAUGUUAGUUGGGCUGAUUUAUCAGAUAAGGCGUCAACUAGACUCCGAAAUAUAAAAAAUAAGUUACUUAGUAUUAAAAAUACAAAUUUUAGGAUAAAUUCAUUCGGACGAAAUAAAUCAAAUUGGACUAAGACAUACCAAAUAGGAAGUAGACUAGUUAAAUUUAAAAUUGAUACGGGAGCGGAUGUCAACUGCGUUCCAUUAAAUAUUGUCAAGGAAAUGAAAAUCAAAAUGAACAGUGAACAAAAUGACUUCCCUGUAUUCGAUUAUAGUAAUAAUAAAGUUAAAAUUUUUGGUAUUGUCAAAAUUAAACUUGUGGCUGUAAAAUUUCAUUUUGAGCGAAUAGUAGAUUUUGUUGUUGUUGAUAGUACAUUUAAAGCGAUACUGGGUCUUCAAACAUGCAUUGAACUUGGAUUAAUUAAAAGACUGGUUAUAGAAUCGAUUCGAUUCGCGAAUGAAAGGGACCAGUUUGUGAGUAAACAUAACGACGUUUUCACUGGGCUGGGAAAAAUUCCUGGGCAAAUAACGAUACAUUUGCAGGAAAAUUCAAAACCUGUUGUUCAUUAUAGAAAGCGUUUUCCGGAUACAAUCGUUAAAAAACUUAAACCAAAGCUUGAUGAGAUGGUUGACAAAGGAAUCAUAUCACCGGUAUCUCACCCAACUUCAAAUUUGCAAGUGGUAGAAAAAUCAAACGACGAUUUGCGGAUUUGUUUAGAUCCAAAACCACUUAAUAAGUGCCUUAGGCGCGAACAUUUUUUGAUUCCAACUAUUGACAAUCUCACCUCGGAAUUAGCAAAUAAAAAAAUAUUCACUAUUGGAUUGCUCAAAUGGGUUUUGGCAAUUAGAGUUGGAUGAAAGGAGUUCAGAGUUAACAACAUUCAUGACACCUUUUGGUCGAUACAAAUUCAAAAGACUUCCUUUUGGGUUGAACAUUUCUCCGGAAAUUUUCCAAAAGCGCAUGAUUCAAAUUUUUGGUGAUAUUCCUGGAGUCUUUGUUUAUUUUGAUGAUAUUGGAAUCAUGGCGCCAGAUGAGGGGGAACAUGAUAAAAUCUUGACAAUCGUUCUUGAGCGUUAAUGUUAAAUUUAACCCGGAAAAAAUUCAAAAAAAUCGUAAAUCUCAAGUAAAAUUUAUGGGCCACAUUUUAUCGAGUGGUAAGAUUCAACCGGUUCACAAGCACAUUGAAGCUAUACAUAAAAUGAAGAAACCAACGGAUAAACAUGGUGUAAAACGUUUGCUGGGCCUAUGCAAGUAUCUGGCAAAGUUUAUUCCGAAUCUAUCAAAACUCACCGCAGAAUUGAGAAAAUUAACUGGAAAAGAUGUUGUGUUUGAGUGGACUAAAAACCACGAUUGUCAUUCAGACAGAUGCGUCAAAGAUGGACUUGAAUCGUCCCUAUUGCAAGACAGUCACCCAAUUGCUUUUGCAUCUAGGACCCUAAGCAAAAGCGAACAGAGGUGGGCACAAAUUGAAAAGGAACUUUUGGCCGUGGUUUUUAUUUAUGGGCGCGAGUUCAUAGUUGAAAGUGAUCACAAACCACUUGAAACAUUAGACUUGCGUGAUAUUGAUAGUGUCACACCAAGAUUGCAAAGAAUGUUCAUGGUAUUAUUAAGAUAUCCGAAAAUGAAAAUCAUUUAUAAACCCGGAAAAAGUAUGUUGUUAGCUGAUUGAUCUCAGGAGGGGAGGAGGAUGAUGAGAUUAGAGAUGAAAUGAGUGCAGCUAUUCACCGAAUUACAAAAUCGGCUUGCGUGUCAAAAGACAAUCUCGAAUGCUUAAAGCGGUCAUUAAAUUCGGAUGAAAACCUCAAACAAGUGUGUAAAUACGUAACAAACGGAUGGCCAGAAUAUCGAAUCCUGAAUGAUUUUUGUCGAAAGUUUCAUAAGGUGAAAUCAGAACUACACUUUGAAACUGGUUUAUUGUUUAAGAACCAUAAAUUGGUGAUUCCAACUGGGUUGCGUGGAAAAAUAGUCAAGUGGUUGCAUGAACCACAUCUCGGGAUUGAAAAAACACUUGCGAGAGCAAGAAUGUUAUACUUUUGGCCAGGAAUGAGCACUCAAAUUAAAGAAUUGAUUGCAUCAUGCAACAUUUGUGAGAAAUUCAAACAUAACAAUCAAAAAGAACCAUUGGUUCAGGAAAUAAAUCCCAAAUAUCCGUAUCAUAUUGCAUCCGUGGAUUUAUUUGAACAUGCCGGUAGGGACUACAUUUCAAUAGUGGACGCAUAUUCCAAUUUUUUGGUAUCGACCAGGGUCAACAGCAAAACUUCUGGAUAUUUAAUUGAAGUAUUUUGUACUAUAUUUAACAAGAUCGGAUAUCCAUCAAUCAUUAAAAGUGACAAUGUUCCGUUCAACUCGUCGGAAUUUGAAAAAUUUUCACGGGAUUUCAAUGUUAAAUUUAAAUGCUCAAGUCCAAGAUAUCCACAAAGCAAUAGCUUGGCUAAAAAGGGAAUGGCACUUGCCAAGAAUAUUUUGAAACGUUGCUAUAAGGGAAAUAAAGUAAAACAAUUUCAAUACAGAAUCAUGGAAUAUAAUACUACGCCGGUAGCAAGCAUGCAUCGGAAUUAUUCUUUGGUAGACUAAUUAAAACAAAACUGCCAGUGUCGGAACAAUUGCUUGUCAGAAACAAUGUCAAAGAGGAGACUAUUCAAGAAGAAAUUGAUAGAAAGAAAGAAAAACAAAAAUAUUACUAUGAUCGAAAUGUGAAGUCACUGCCAUUAUUGAAGGUGGGAGAUUUGGUAAUUAAAAAAAAAAUGGGAGGAAAUGGCAUUACCGAAGAAUUAUUGCUAGUGAUCUAAUAUUUGAAGAGAAUAUUAAAGCCGGACAGCUAGAUAAUUUUCCAGAAAAACAAAUCGCAGGGCCAAGGAUUGUAGAAAAUAGUCAAAAUGGGAAAAUACCCAUGAAUCAGAACUCCAGUGGAGGGUGAAAUUGAUGAAUCAGAUGCAAAUGAUAUUAGCGCUGUUUAAAUGAGUUAAGCAUCCACCCCCUCUACACGGUAAAACUGGAGCAUCCUAAUGCGACAGCUUAAUUCACCACAGCUGAUGACACCAACACAACUCACCAUACCUGCACACUCACUCAUCGAAAAGGCUGGACAAGGAGAAAGCAGACACAAUCGUUCUCACUAUCGGCACAGCAACUUUCGUUUUUUAUCCAUUUCGUUCUACACAAGCCGCACUUUCGCAUAUAGACUCCGCCGCGUCGACUCCUCACGCUACUAUCUUCGCUACGAAGCUCGCAUAGACACUGCCUCUUUAAUACCUACGCGAUUCUACCGAGAUUUCUACCUUUUUUGAUAUCGAUGCGCCGAAAUUCGACCAGCAGCACCGUGAAAUCAUCUUCGGUAUUGCAGUCUCGCCACCCCUCAUAUUAACAUUUUUUUUAAAUAAAACUUACAACAUUUGUAACAUUUAAUUUUAUAAUUUUGUUAUUAGAUAUUAUUAAAAUAAAAACAAAAUUUAUAAUAAAAUAAAUUUUGUAUCCUUAUGUUCAGAUGCAAUUCCAGAAACUUAUACUUAUAGUUAUUAGCACGCGUAGCGGUCGUGCUGUUAGACCACCGCAACGGUAUGACUGGUAAAAUUGUAACACUUAUUAGUGGCUCCCGGUCUAAUUUACUUUAUUGAUUAUUGUUAAUUAGAAAAAAAGAGCAUGUAAUGUGAGGAUAAACGCCACAUUAUGGCAACCCUGUAAUGGUUGUUGGCUGUCAUUUUAUUCAAUUCAGCGUUAACUGCUUAAUAAGCAACACUUGUGUUGGGACUGUAAAAAUAAAGCAUCGAUUAUUCAUUUUUCUACAAAAUACAUUGUUUUAAUUAAAGUACUGACUUUUGAUCAAAAAUAUGGGUCAAUGUGUGAUAUGUACAAGUAUAACUGAAAUUAAGGGAUAUUCCUUCUCUUAUAAUAGUAUGGUUUGACAUACCGACAAAAAUGGGUGGAAAAUACUUAAUAUAAUGAUUUUUUUCUUCCGGGUGACUUUGUACCCCAUAUAUCUGAGAAAAUUUUUUGUCUACCAUUGAAGAAAAUGUCAGUUCACACAAGUAUGAAGUGGCGAAUGCCACUAAUAAUUUAAGAGCUUCCCUUGCCAGCUCUGGAUAUUCGUGUUUUCUUUUCAUCCAAAAUACGUCGACACUUUGCGAAUAAAAUUCCAUUUUAAGCAUGCCUUUGGCAGCUAAUUCUAGAAGACAUUCAUUCAUUUCGUGUUGACAUCAGCCAGAUCUAUUGAUUUGUUCAAAAAAAGGCUUUAAGAUCCAUCUACGCCCAUUGUCAGCUUCAGAGUGCAAGUCUGGAAGGUAUGUCAAAAGGUUCUCUUGUACAUUAUGCAAGCUUUGUAUCAUGCAAGGGAUAUGAGCCGAUACUGCAAAACUUUGGGCUGAUGCAUUAUCUUCAACAAUCUUCUGAACAAGACUCAAACAUUUUGUUUUGCAGAGAGGUCGACCACAAACGAAGUUUUGCAUGAAAUGCUUUUACUUUAUCUUUAGCUGUUAAAAUAUUUUCUUCUCUUCCUUGAAUGUUCUUGUUCAAAUUGUUAAGGUGGCUAAAACUAUCUGCCAAAAAUGCUAAUUUCAAGAGCCAAAUAGGGUCAGAAAAACGGUAAGCAUAUUCUGAUUUUGCAUUUUGUAAGAACAUUAACAAUUCAGCUCUCAGUUUCAGAACUCUUGUCAAUACCUUUCCUUUGGAUAGCCACCUCACCUCUGUGUGAUAAAGGAGAUUUUGAUGAAGCGAGCCCAUAUCUUCACAAACGAUUCUGAAUAGCCGGGUUUGCAAAGCUUUACCUUUGAUAGAAUUCACAAUUUUUAUUACCUCCUUGAGCACGUCAUUUAAAUCAGAAGGUACUACCUUAACAGCUAGAGCUUGUCGAUGAAGAAAACAGUGUGUCCAGGAUAUGUUUGGUAUUAUCGAUUUUAAUUUUGCAAUGAGUCCGCUAUUUUUGCCAGUCAUAGCUUUAGCGCCAUCGCUACAAAUAGCGAUUCAUUUUUUCCAAUCAAUAUCGUAGUCGCAAGUGCUUUCUAAAAACAUAUCGUACAAACACUGGCCAGUAGUGUUUGCAGGAAGUGCUUUGCAAAAUAAGAUUUCUUCCGUAAUACUAUCAUCUGCCUCAAAACGCACAAACACUACAAACUAUGCACAGUCGGAAACAUCUGUAGAUUCAUCGAACUGCAAAGCAAAAUGUUGGCUAUUCUUUAAUUUAUCGACUACUUGAAUAUCCUUGGCCAUAUCGUUUAUUCUGCGUGAAAUAGUAUUGUCAGAAAGUGGUAUUUUUCUUAAUUUGUUUGCCUCCUGCUUACUGACCAUAAUUUCAACCAUAUCGAGUGCCACUGGCAAAAUAAGAUUUUCGGCAAUUGUAUGUGGUUAGUCGAUAUGCGACUAUGUAGCUAGCUAAUAAUGUUGGCUCGUUUACACUGGAUGCCUGAAAAUAAACCAAACAAUAUACAAGUGAACAGUCAAUAAAAAUUAAGGAUGCGGAAUCUUUGCACACCGAAAUUAAGUAUAAUCAAAAGUUGUAUGCAAAUAACAAAGAAAUAAACACCAAUGAAAAAAGGGUGGGGCGCUUUUUAAGAGCUGAUUUAUAGUGCACCCCGCGCUUUUUUCAUUAUUUUCUUACUUACCUGAAUUAUAGUAUUUUGCUGUUGACUAAGAGCUUUCAACUUUCGUUCAAAGAAAUCCAACGGCUUAUCAGCUUCUUUUUGAUGCUUGGUUGUGAGAUGUCGCAUAAGCUUUGACGGUUUCAUACUCUCACGUGAUAAAACAUCGCUGCAAAUUACACAUUGAGGUUUAUUAUUUAUGAAUGUGAACCCGUAUUUCAAAUAACUGUCAUCGUAAUGUCUAUUUUUUCGGAUUCGAUUCACCACCACCGCUAUUGAUACUCGUACCAGAUGUUGAAGGCUGCGAUCUUUUGAGAAAUUUAUCCAUUUAAUUCGCGCAGAGCAAGCGAAAAAACAAAAAAAUUACAUCUGAACCAGUGGUCGGCAUUUCUUAGCACAAUUGUGCAAACUAACUUCACACGUACGCUUACGCUCUAUCGUUCAGUCGUUGUCGAGUAGGGAUGGCAAAAUUGGUUACAGAAUCGAUUCUCGAUUCUGACUAUUUUUCUAUAUUUUUCGAUUCUAAGAAUCGAUUAUCCGGGGGCAAAAAUCGAUUCUUUCGAUUCUAAUCGAUUUUAAAUUAAAAGGACAAAAAUUUAUUUAUUAAAUCACAAGGCAUAAAUUGAAUGAAUAAUCGAUUAAAUAAAACACAAAAAUAGUUAAAAACAAUUAUAUUGUUUUGUUUAUAAAUAAGAUACAG